ACUACAUUGAAGUGGUGGAUGCCCUCAUCGGUGAUGUCCUCAAUGGCCACUAGGUCUCUAUCAUUCUCUAUGGAUCAUAUACAUUCGUAAAUUCGUGUUUAAUUCAAUGUGGUUAUACUGUAGUACUCCGCGGCAGCCACGCAGCUUGUAUAAACCAAAUUUAGAAAAGUGUUUGAAAAUUCUCCAUGAAUUUGCAAACUGCCAGUGUCAACCAGAAUUGGAUAUGUUAUUCCAUUUCUUACCAACAGAGGGAAUACAAGAUCUGUUAAUAAAAGAGAUGUACUGUAGAUACAAUGCUUUGGGCCUGUAUAUGUGCUGGUCUAGGAUCAGUUUAGCUUAUAGAUAAAAAUGAAUAAGAUUAUAUGGACUGGCUUGAUCCUAGAUCAGCCAAGUGGAUUAUAAUGUAUAAUAACUAAUGUUUCCUCAGGUAUGUCCAGAACACUCUGCUCCUGAAGGCGAGAAAGUUUGACGUGUGCUUCUAUUUCCUCAUUGCCUGCGCCACACCCACACACCUGUUCUUUCGCCAUGGUUACCUGCACUUCCUGUGACCUUUAUGACCCCAACCCCCACAACCCCUCUUCCCAUUUGACCAAUAAGAUGAGUAGAAAAAAGAUGCUUCUCUUGCUCGGCUUGCAAAAUUAUUUUGCAUCCCCUGACCUGCAAGUUUAGUAAUAUAAUCUGACAUUCACUAUUUCAGAAUCAGGUUGUCAACAGAUGCAUCGCCAUAGAAUAGUGCAUGAAAAUAGACCAGAAACCAGGUCAUAAAAUAAUGGUACCAGUCCACUUUCAACAACUCUCUCUCUGGCCCAUUCAUGUGUAUCCUGAUCCCCUUGCUGUUUCCCCACAGUAAAAGCAGAAGAAAAACCCUCUGUACAGUGUGCUGAAGGAGGAGACCGACUGGUUCAUGGACUGAUUUAACACUUACAUCAAUGACAAGCUCAGGGUUGACAAGGGUCUGCCUAGGGAAUGGGUGCUGGGUACUAGGUUUGGCUGUUGAAGAUUAACUGUAACCCAGUCCACCGCACCAACUGCAAGGUCCUAGAGGAAGUGAUUCCCAGUACUGUUGAGGACACUUCAGUGCGGUGCAGAAGCUGUGGGGAUGGGUGCAGAUGUAGGCAAAUGGUACAGUAUAGUUAGUGUGAGGACUAGGGCCUGAGGGUGAAGGAAAGAGUUCUCUGUCUGUCUGGACUGGACUAGGCUGCAAGAGGAGAGGAGAGGGCUACCUGGUCAUGGGAUGCUGUAGUGUGACUCAGAGAGGAGCGCAUUCUGGGAUUGACGAGGUGGGCCCUGACGAGAUCGAGCUUCUGGAGAUUGACAACUCAGGGAUAUGGACUCUAGGAGAGAGCAGAAUUCAGCUCUCUGUGAGGAAUGGAAAAGACGGUCCAACCUCUCGCUACCCUUCAGUGAGACACCUCGAUCAGGAGAUUGUGCUAUGGGGCAGGAGCAGAGAGGAGCUAUACCACAGCAUAUACAACCAGCCCAUCCGUGAUUGGGAGGGCCAGCCUGCACACAUGUAUGGAGAGAUAGUGCACUCCUCCCGUGUGUCUCUCCACAACAGCUACACACAGGAGACAAGUGAACACUAUCUGGUGCUGUUCUCCUUCCACUUAUUGAUUCUAUAUCUGGAUCCCUUUCGUCAAAACUUUAUCUACGAGGGCAUCCUGCCUCUCUCUGGACUGUCUUUCCAAGCCACCUCACUGGACUCCAACAAGCAACACAUAUUCCAGAUCAGUGGUCCAAUGGUGGACUCCAAAGUCUUCACCUGUGCCAGUGCAGCCGAGCUGAACAAAUGGAUACACCACAUGGAGGAGAGGAGAUACAAAUCCAUUAGCCAACCGUUAAGCCCCUCCAGCUGUGCGCUGUCUUACCUGGUACCCUGCGAUGAGAGCUGGAAGAAAGAGGAACUGAAAAAGUAUUUACUGCAAGCCCCAAUAAGGCACUGGGAAGGGGCCCCCAUCCAGCACAUGGGCCAGCCAGGAUACAUAUCCAUGGUCCACAUCUUCAAUACACAGAGACAGGGACUUCAUGAGCGGCUACUCGUACUCUUCCCUCAAGAUGUCCUCCUGCUCUCUGUGGAUAACGAGCGCCUCAGUGUGAAAUAUGAGGGUAAAUUGUCUCGGAAAAGCAUCGCAGCCGUGGAGAGGUCUGCAUUACCUGGGAGGAUGGAAUUUGAGUUAACAGGUGAACUGAUGGAGCCGCUGCAGGUAUCCUGCACCUGUCCUGAAGACUAUCAGAACUGGAUCUUCCAGCUACAACAGCUGGAAAAAAACCUCCAAGCUACCUCAAACCACACGGCUCCACCUCUCAUGCUGAAAAAACUGUGGAGCAGGAAGGAGUCCCGGGAACCAAUGACAGUAGCACAAGACUGAGACUCACUGGCCAAUGGCCUCACUCAAUAGAAGACUCAUGCCUCUUUUCAUCAAUAGACACUGAAAUUGUGUAUAGCAUGUACUGUAUACAGUGUAUAUGCAUACAUUAUUCAGUCGGGUACAAUGAAAAUAAGAGAUUCUGGUGAAAUUUCUUAUGCUGUAGGUUACUGUCUGUAGAACUCUGUUUCACUAGUAAUAGCAAUGGAUAGGCUAAAUUGGGAGUAUAUUUUUAGUGCACUGAUCUUACAAUAUUUUUCGUCAAAUCGCUGUUUAAACCAAAAUAGAAAAUGUAGUGCUGUUCAUGACCUUUUCCAUAUUUUCUAUUAGGUUGUUCUUGAUACUGUAUGUACAAACUCAAUAAAAACUUUUUUUUCAUCACUACCUUU